AUGAUAGUUGACUGUCUCAAGCGGCUUUCUUAUGAUUUCCGCACCCCUGUGAGUUGUUUGAGCCCCAAAUCAGGCCUUGCUCAAGCUGCUCAAGGACAUAAUCAGGCACAAUUACGGUGGCUUAUGGCGAGCUUAGUGCUCCUUAGCCACGGCUCAAAUUGCUUACUCAUAGCUCACGUUACACGCUUGUGUAACUUACGUCUCAAAACAGAAGUGGAUUUUGUGUCCAUUUUCGGGCCCCCAAGCCUAAGCAUUUGCAUCAACAAAGCAAACAAAGCUGAGCUCUCACACGCUAUCAAGUCUAUGUUUCUCUGGUAUCGCAACGCGGCUCGAUGCUACGUCUACAUGUCAGAUGUCUCCAGUCCCCUCCCUGAGACCAGCAAAGAAGCGACUCCACCGCCCUGGGUAUCAGACUUCCAGAAAAGUAGGUGGCUCACCCGCGGUUGGACGCUCCAGGAGCUCCUUGCCCCAGGCACUGUCGAAUUCUUUUCUCGGGAACGGAGGAAGCUUGGCGACAAAUUAUCACUCGCACAGCAAGUACACGAAAUCACAGGCAUUCCGCAUUUUGCGCUGCAAGGCGCCUCUUUGUCUCAAUUUACUAGCACCGGCACACAAAACUUCAAGAAGAUGGGGCAUACUCAUUACUCGGCAUUUUCGACACGGCUCUUAGAUGAGAUUCAAAAGCUAGGCAGGUGUAUCCAAGACAUUCGCCUUACAGAUCCGCGCGACGACAAGAAGCGCAUUGAGGACACUAAGGGCGGCCUGCUAGAAGGCUCGUAUCGCUGGGUCCUUAGUAGUGCCAGCUUCCAGCAAUGGAACGAAGACCCCCAGAACCGACUGCUACGGAUUACAGGUGAUCCUGGCAAGGGCAAGACGAUGCUUCUCUGUGGCAUCAUUGAAGAGUUGAAGAAAUCAACCCCUGGCCUUCUCUCCUUUUUCUUCUGUGAAGGUACCGACUCGCGCAUCAACAGUGCUACUGCCGUGCUGCGCGGCCUAAUCUACCUGCUCGUCAACCAGCAGCCGUUGUUAGCCCAACACCUGCGGAAGAAGUACGAUCAAGCAGGUCAAUCCCUGAGGAGGGGACAUAUGGCAAACGACUCGACAAGGGAGCGAGAUCCAAACAAGAGCUCUGAGCUGACUAUAUACUUGAAUAGUGCAGUACAUGGGUAUGAUAUCGCGUGA